AUGCGUCUCCCGCAGAUGCUCGCCGCUGCAGCGGCCGCCGUCCUCUCGGCCGCCCCCACGGUCGUCGCGACGCCGCACCCGCACCCGCACCCGCAGCCCGAGGCGGCGGCGAUGCCCGGGCUGCUGUCCGUCGCGGACCCGGUGCUCGACCUGCUGGCCAUGCCGCCGCCCGAGAUGCUGCGCACCACCAGGCGGUCGCCCGAGUGCGCGGCCAUCAACGGCGGGGAGCUGCAGUGCUGUCGCGGCACAAUGGCGGGCGACGUGCAGCUGGUGGUGUGGCUGGCCAAGCUAUACGGGUACAAACUCAACCCCAACGACAUCAACGGUGUAAACUGCGAUGGUGAGAUUGCCACCUGCCCUGGCGUCAAGGUCUGCUGUCAAGUCACAGCCCUGUCACCGCUUUUGUCCUUGUGGUGUCAAGAUUCCUGAUGAUUGGGAGGAGGAUUGAAGUCUUGUUUUCAAGGAUGCAUGAUACAGGUAUCGAUGUGGUGAGAAGAUGAUGCAUCAUGAAUGUGACAAAAGAGAAAAGAAGCCAAAAUAAAGAGCAAUAAGAAGUUUGAACAUAAAAGCCACUGCUCUAUUCUAGUAGUCUUUUAGACAGCGGAAUCAUGGCCUCCUAAAAAUGCCCUUGCCAAACCGGG